AUGAAUUUGAUUAUAAUAUUUAUGUGGGAGCUGUGUAUAAUAGACAUAUUUUUUUUUUUUAUUCAACAGGCAAUCAGCUGUAAAGGUCAGCACAGUAUCUCUUACACAUUAUCCAGAAACCAGACUGUUGUAGUGGAGUAUACUCAUGAUAAAGAUACCGACAUGUUUCAGGUUGGGAGGUCAACGGAAAGCCCCAUAGACUUUGUAGUAACAGAUACUAUUUCUGGAAGUCAAAACAAUGACGAAACCCAGAUUACGCAAAGCACCAUAUCCCGUUUUGCGUGUAGGAUUGUUUGUGACAGGAGCCCGCCAUAUACAGCGAGGAUUUUUGCAGCUGGAUUUGACUCGUCUAAAAAUAUAUUUCUUGGUGAAAAAGCGGCAAAGUGGAAAAACCCUGAUGGCCACAUGGAUGGAUUGACAACUAACGGGGUGCUGGUCAUGCAUCCAAAAGGAGGGUUCACCGAAGAGUCUAAACCUGGAGUUUGGCGGGAAAUCUCAGUCUGCGGUGAUGUGUACACGCUCCGGGAAACUAGAUCUGCUCAACAAAGGGGGAAACUGGUAGAAAACGAGACCAACGUCCUGCAAGACGGGUCCCUCAUUGACCUGUGUGGAGCCACCCUUCUGUGGAGAACGGCAGACGGGCUCUUUCACACCCCGACUCAGAAACACAUCGAAGCUCUGCGACAGGAGAUCAACGCUGCCAGACCACAGUGCCCUGUCGGGUUAAACACUUUAGCGUUUCCCAGCAUCAACCGUAAAGAUGUGGUGGAAGAGAAGCAGCCUUGGGCGUACCUCAGCUGCGGUCACGUUCAUGGCUAUCACAACUGGGGACAUCGCAGCGACACGGAAGCCAACGAGCGGGAAUGCCCGAUGUGCAGAACCGUUGGUCCCUACGUGCCUCUUUGGCUUGGGUGCGAAGCGGGCUUUUAUGUGGAUGCUGGUCCUCCCACUCACGCUUUCACCCCGUGCGGACACGUGUGCUCCGAGAAGUCUGCGAAAUACUGGUCUCAGAUCCCCCUGCCUCAUGGUACUCACGCGUUUCAUGCUGCCUGCCCUUUUUGUGCAACGCAACUGUCUGGGGAACACAACUGCGUCAAGCUAAUUUUUCAGGGUCCGAUUGACUGAUAUCACUUUGCAAAUGACCACCAUAACGUUUUCUUUAACGAUUUACUGUGAAGGUUUUGCCACUAACUCUAGAUUUUACCUUUUUUUAUAAUGUUAUUAUAGGGUGGUAGGGUGGAGAUUGGGGAACUGACAAAGGAAAUUGUGAGGGACUGUGGUGGAAUGGGAUACAUUGAUACCUGGAACUUGACAGAUAUUGGUGGUGUUGCAUGCUCAAAAGCAGCAUAUUCCUGAAAUCAUCUUGGUCAAAUCGUAGUAUAUUUAUAAUCUUUUUAUUAGCACCCUGGGUCAGAAAAAAGGUGUCUUAAUGAUUUUUUUUUUAAGCUAAAAUUUUUUUAAUGGAAAGGUUUUCUCUUCUUAACUUUGACAAGCCUUUAACACCUGUUUUUCAAAUCUAGAAGGAACACACAGAAUGUAACUAUUUAAUUUGCAAUAUAAUUUAACCUGAAUAGUUUCUCAAGGAGCUAAUACAGAAUGUGUGGACAACCACAGGUGAAUGUUCAGUAGAGAUAAUUGGAUAUGUAGGAGAAAAAUUAGCUGCCUAAAUUGUAGAGUAUAAAAGCUAUUAAAAUCACUAUUAUGGUGUAACACAGCUGGCCAAAAAGGCACCAAGGAUUACUUGAAACUGAGGAAAUCCUGUUUGCAUUGAUUUCCUUUCAGUGUAAUAGAUAUCCACUGUUCAUUACGUAUGGUAGAUGGCUGAGGGGAUUUUUCUUUUUUUGUUUCCUCCACAUUUAAGCUUUAUCUGGUGAAACUGCUUCACUUUUUAACAAACUUAGUUCUGGGUUUUUUUUACGCUAAUGUUCUGUAUAUGUGUAGUCUGGCCUUUUCAUUUCUGCUUAACUUAGCUUGUCCUAACAGCUCCUUGCAUGCCCAGGACCUUUGGGUUAAUUG